AUGAAGGUCACCGCGAUUCUCGCCGCCCUCCUGCCCGUCUUGGCACUGGCCCAGAGCUCGACCGACGGCAGCACAACCACCAUCACUUCUACUGCUACCCAGACCAAGACCGUCACCCUGGAGCGCGCUCACACCACCACCAUGACCUACGGCAGCGGUAACAGUACCGCGACGUUCAAGCCUACCGGCUCAGGCGGCGCUGCGACCGCUGCUGCCACUACCGCUGCGACCACGACGAAGCCCAACGCUGGUGCUGCCCUCAACGCGGGCAACCUCGCCUUCGCCGGUGUUGCUGGCAUGAUCGUCGCCGUCCUGUUGUAA